CAUUCAUCAGUUUCCAAAUUCAAGAAUACCAACAUGGCAGUCAAGCUACGUUCUCUCUCAACAAUGUCAUUUCUUCUUCUCCUUCCCCUGCUCACCUCCUUGGCCUUUGCAGACACUUCUCCUUCGACUCCUGUCACCCCGGGAACCGCAUGUAGUUCCACCCCUGACCCUUCUUACUGCAAGUCCGUUCUCCCUCCCCAGAAAGGCAAUGUCUACGACUAUGGCCGCUUGUCCGUCAGUAAAUCCUUAUCACAGUCUCUUAAAUUCUUGAGCCUCGUCGAUAAAUAUCUCCGUCGACGAUCUACUCUAUCCGCGGCCGCUGUUCGUGCACUCGAAGAUUGCCGGACGCUCGGCGGGCUCAACUAUGAUUUCCUUUCCAAUUCCCUUCAAACUGUGAACAAGACGACUAAGUUUCUUCCCAGCUUGCAAGCUGACGAUAUCCAAACCCUCCUCAGUGCUAUCUUAACUAACCAGCAGACCUGCCUGGAUGGCCUCAAAGACACGGCUUCAGCUUGGAGCGUCAGGAACGGACUCUCCGUCCCACUAUCUAACGAUACCAAGCUAUACAGUAUGUCACUAGCUCUGUUCACCAAAGGCUGGGUUCCCGAUACCAAGACCAAAACGACUGCGUUCCAGCCUACCAGGAAACAACUUGCCUUCGGAAAUGGCCGUUUGCCGCUGAAAAUGUCAGGCAGAACUCUUGCCAUCUACCAGUCUGUGAGUCAGAGAAAAAUGCUUCAGACAGCCACCGUGGGCGGUGACGUGGUUGUUGUGAACGACAUCGUGACGGUGAGGCAAGACGGGACUGGAAACUUCACCACCAUCAAUGACGCCAUUGCUGCUGCUCCAAACAAGUCUUCCUCCACGAGCGGCUACUUCCUCAUCUACGUCAGCGCAGGUGUCUACGAAGAAUACGUCACCAUCGAUAAGAAAAAGACGUACUUGAUGAUGGUCGGAGACGGUAUCAACAAGACCAUCAUUACCGGCAACCGAAGUGUCGUUGACGGGUGGACCACCUUCAACUCCGCAACUUUCGCUGUGGCAGGAAAAGGAUUCGUGGGAGUGAAUAUGACGAUUCGCAACACCGCGGGGCCGGAAAAGCACCAGGCCGUCGCAGUUCGAAACGGAGCAGAUUUAUCCACGUUUUACAGUUGCAGCUUCGAGGCGUAUCAGGACACGUUAUACGUGCAUUCCCUGAGACAGUUUUACAGAGAAUGCGAUGUAUACGGAACCGUUGAUUUCAUAUUCGGAAACGCCGCCGUCGUGCUCCAAAACUGCAACCUGUAUCCGCGUUUACCAAUGAGCGGGCAAUUCAAUGCCAUCACAGCACAGGGGCGGACCGACCCAAAUCAAAACACGGGUAUUUCUAUCCACAACUGCAGCAUCAGAGCGACCGACGAUCUGGCGGCGAGCAACGGUUCGGUGAGCACUUAUCUUGGGAGGCCGUGGAAGGCGUAUUCGAGGACGGUUUAUAUGGAGAGCUUCAUGGAUAGCGUGAUACAGAGCGCGGGUUGGCAGAAAUGGGACGGUGAUUUUGCAUUAAGCACUCUGUAUUAUGCGGAGUUCAAUAACAGUGGGCCUGGGUCGAGCACCGCCGACAGAGUGACGUGGCCGGGCUACCAUGUUAUUAACGCCACCGACGCUGCUAAUUUCACGGUGUCCAACUUCUUGCUCGGAGAUGACUGGCUGCCUCACACUGGAGUCGCGUACACCAGCACCUUGAUCAAUUGAUAUGGGCAUAUUCUAAUUGAUUUAUUAUUAUCCAUUUUUUUAAUUUCCUAGAAUAAACGGGGUUAUGCCAAAAGCAAAGACGGGGCUUAACAUGGUCCAUUCGUGAGUCGUGACACCCUAGUAGCCCCCCAAAUUAAAUAUGUUCAGUUUCAAAAUUUUUUUACUGAUUAUAUAUGCCUUUGUUGAAAUUCAGUAUAAUUAUUUUGAUACACUAAUCCAAAAUUAUAUGUUGAUUUUGACUUC